GGUUGCCAGGGUGACGCCUGAGAAGAUGGCUGCUGCGUCUUCGUCGGAUUCCGACAGCGGCAGAGUUGAGAGCAGUGAAGCCAGUUCGAAAUGGCUGGAUGCACACUACGACCCCAUGGCCAACAUCCACACCUUUUCCGCCUGCCUGCAGCUGGCAGAUUUGCAUGGGGACGGGGAGUACAAGCUGGUGGUGGGGGACCUUGGCCCAGGUGGGCAGCAGCCCCGCCUGAAGGUGCUUAAAGGACCCACAGUGCUGAGCGAAAGCCCGCUACCUGCCCUGCCGGCCGCUGCUGCCACCUUCCUCAUGGAGCAACACGAACCCCGGACACCAGCGCUGGCACUCGCGUCAGGCCCUUGUGUGUAUGUGUAUAAGAAUCUCAGGCCCUACUUCAAGUUCAGCCUGCCCCAGCUGCCUCCAAACCCCCUGGAACAGGACCUUUGGAACCAGGCCAAAGAGGACCGGAUCGACCCCCUGACCCUGAAGGAGAUGCUGGAGGGCAUCCGGGAGAAGGCAGAGGUGCCUUUGUCUGUACAGUCACUCAGGUUUCUGCAGCUGGAGCUGAGUGAAAUGGAGGCAUUUGUGAACCAGCACAAGUCCAAGUCCAUCAGGCGGCAGACGGUCAUCACCACCAUGACCACCUUAAAGAAGAACCUGGCUGACGAGGACGCUGUGUCCUGCCUGGUGCUGGGCACUGAGAACAAGGAGCUCCUGGUGCUGGACCCAGAGGCCUUCACUGUUUUGGCCAAGAUGAGCCUACCCAGCGUCCCCGUCUUCCUGGAGGUUUCUGGCCAGUUCGAUGUGGAGUUCCGUCUUGCUGCUGCCUGCCGCAACGGGAACAUCUAUAUGCUGAGAAGAGACUCCAAGCGCCCCAAGUACUGCAUCGAGCUGAGUGCCCAGCCUGUGGGGCUUGUCCGGGUUCACAAGGUCCUGGUGGUGGGCAGCAACCAAGACAGCCUGCUUGGCUUCACCCACAAGGGUAAGAGGCUGUGGACGGUGCAGAUGCCCGCGGCCAUCCUGACCAUGAACCUCCUGGAGCAGCGCUCCCGGGGCCUGCAGGCCGUCAUGGCCGGACUGGCCAACGGAGAGGUCCGCAUCUACCGCGACAAGGCCCUGCUCAGCGUCGUCCACACGCCGGAUGCAGUGACCAGCCUUUGCUUUGGCCGCUACGGGCGGGAAGAUCACACCCUCAUCAUGACUACACGAGGUGGUGGCCUGAUUAUCAAGAUCCUGAAGCGCACAGCAGUGUUUGUGGACGGGGGAGGUGAAGCAGGUCCCCCACCAGCCCAGGCCAUGAAACUCAACAUGCCCCGAAAGACCCGGCUUUAUGUGGAUCAGACACUGCGAGAGCGGGAAGCCGGCACCGCCAUGCACCGGACCUUCCAGGCAGACCUCUACCUGCUGCGCCUCCGGGCCGCCCGUGCCUACGCGCAGGCCCUCGAGUCCAGCCUGAGCCCCGUGUCUGCGACGGCGCGGGAGCCGCUCAAGCUGCACGCUGUGGUUCAGGGCCUGGGCCCCACCUUUAAGCUCACCCUUCACCUGCAGAACACCUCAACAGCCCGACCCAUCCUGGGGCUGCUGGUCUGCUUCCUGUACAACGAGGGGCUCUAUGCUCUGCCCCGGGCCUUCUUCAAGGUCCCCUUGCUGGUGCCAGGGCUCAACUACCCUCUAGAGACCUUUGUGGAGAGUCUUAGUGACAAGGGCAUCUCAGACAUUAUCAAGGUGCUGGUGCUCCGAGAAGGCCAGAGCGCACCCCUGCUCAGCGCCCAUAUCAACAUGCCUGUGAGUGAGGGACUGGCAGCUGCCUGAUGCCUGAUCCCGUGUUAAAGCCCCUGUGGAAUCAGGACCAGGGAGAUCCAGCCCCUUCCACUGAGCCGGGCAGAGUCCACAGCCCCAGGCCCACUCCAGUGCAGCAGUGUGCUGGGCGACAGCCUCCCUCUCCUCUCCUAGUGCCCCUUUCUCACCACCCUGACCACUGGGUGACCUGUAGCAGCAGAUCAGUGAGUCCCCAGGAGGCUGGGCUCUGUCCUCCUCAGGGAAACCCAGGCGUUGGCCCUUUGGGCUCUCUCUUCCCCCCACUUUUCCCCAGAAACCACUCCCAGGUCCGAAGGCAGAGUUCUGAAGUGCUCAAGGUGAGAUGAGGGCAUAGGCCCAGCCUCCUCGUCUGCCGCUUCCCUUAGGCAUGUCACUCUGCUGCUGCUGCAGAAUUGGCUGGGGCCUUGCCUGAGACAAUCAGAGGCUUUUCUUGGGUGAGACUGAGCCCCCUGUUGCUCCCUGGGGUUCCAGAGGCUUGGCUCCUCCCAGCUCAGCUUGCAGGCAAAACACAUGCUCUGAUCUCCCCUCGUGAGCUCAGCAGGGGGCCCCUCUUUCUAGUCAGGGGGCCCCAGGAAUAGCUGCCUUCCCACAGGAAGUCUUGGGCUCAGCCAAGGUCU